UCAGGAUGCAUUGGUUUUUAGCGGUCAUGGGCAGAAUUUUGCAGUGGCUUGUUCUACUGCUUUGCCUACAGAAGUUCUUGCAAAAAAGAAUAUUUUAAACCCAGAUACUAGAAGAUCUCUCAAUGUUCAACUGGAUUGGAUGUCUACCUAUUUCAAUGGGAUCUGUCACAAUAUUGAUGAUUGCGCCAAGAAGCUUAAAACAGCCCUAUUCAUGGUUGGAGAAAUUGGAGGGAAUGAUAUAACUAUGCAUUUUUUUCAAGGUAAAACAAUUGAGGAGGUCAGAGAGAUAGUUCCAAAAGUUGUCCAAGCAAUAAAGGAUGCUGUAACAGGAAUGAAUAAUUUCUCAACAUACCACAGUGAUCAACUCAGAAGAGCCCUUGAUGCUGCAUCUUUGCAAAAAUCUUGCUGUGGUGUUGGAGAUGAUUAUGACUUUAGCUUGAUCAAAAUGUGUGGAGCUCCAGGUGCAACUGUUUGUCCCAAUCCAGAUGAACGCAUCAGCUGGGAUAGAGUUCAUUUGACACAAAAGGCUUACCAGUAUAUGGCAAACUGGCUCAUCAAUGACAUCUUGCCCAACCUUCAAUGCAAAUAAGUAGUAAAUUUCUACUUAUAGAGUUUUAUUAUUUCGAGUUCUUUUUGUUCGACCAACAUUGAUAUUCAGUAAACUUUUUUUCUAUAUGUAGUAAUAUCAAACUCACUUUGAGCAUUAUGACUUUACUAAAACAAGGAAAUUUAUCAAAUCCACUUUUCUA